CAGGCCAGCGCAGCUGCCCUCGGCACCUUGGUGUCGGCGGCCUCCACCAGCUGGGUAUGUGUCAUGGUUCUUGCACUGCUUGGAGUGAUCUCAUGAGGCUCACUGAAGAUGUCUUUCUUCAGAUGAGCCGGAAGAUCAGGCAGCUGGAGAACGAGAAUCAUCGCUUGGUGAGGCAGGCUGCCUUACAAAAGACAAGGGAAGCGACAUUCCGGUCUCACUUGCACGAGUUCUUCACUGUGGACCAACUGGCAGCUCUAUCGAGAUCCAGCAACAGGGGGUCCAAGUGGUCUAAUGAGACGGUGAAGAAGUCGCUGCAGAUGCGAUCUGCAUGUGGCAGCUUGGGCUACGACUUGCUACUGGAGGGGAGCUUCCCAUUGCCGUCGUCUAGAACUCUAGGGCGGCGGCUUGAAGGUGAGCACUGCCCUACGGGUCCUCAGUCACUCCACGGCCACUGCCCUGCGCUUCCUGGUGGAGAAUCAUGGCUGGAGCACCAACUUCCUCACCACGGCUUGGUUCUUGGAACAGUACCUGAAGGCGUCCAAGGCAGGGUCCUACGAACUGGACGAUGCCUCCUUUUACCUGGCUGACCUCGCAGACUUGGAUGUACAACCUGCUGUGCCCACCGACAUUUUUCUUGAGGAGGUAGAACUCGCCAUGUCACAACCUGAGGAGAAUAGCUUUGACUAUUACGCGGGUAUGUGGUACGAAGAGUUGUAAAACAUAAUGCUACAUGUGACACGUGUGCUGCAGCUGUUCAAGUCCCCAUGGCACCUGCAAAUAGCCUCCUCAGGCUAAAGAGUUAUGUCCCUGACGCUCUGACCUGCCCCUCUGAAGCUGCACGCGCCCUCUUCACAAUUUGUGAAAGUGUCUUUCGCAGCCU